UCUUAGCUAGCUUCCACGGUUCCACCGUCCCAGCGGAGCACUCCCUCAAACACACGCAUACACGCACCUUCGCCAAAACCAGUUCCGCCGCCAUGGUGACGUUCACGGCACGCCGGAGCGAGCCCGAGCUGGUGCGCCCGGCGCGGCCGACGCCCGUCGAGACCAAGGCCCUCUCCGACCUCGACGACCAGUGGUCGCUGCGCUUCUACGAGUCCAUCGUCGGCUUCUUCCGCAGCCCGCCGGGCGAAAGCGUCAAGCCGGGCAAGGUGGCCAAGGGCAUCAAGGCCGCCGUGGCGGCGGCUCUGGUGUACUACUACCCGAUGGCUGGCCGUCUACGGAAGCUGUCUGACGAAAACAAGCUGGUGGUGGACUGCACGGGGGAAGGGGUGAUGUUUGUGGAGGCCACCGUAGACGUGCGGCUGGAGGACCUCGGCCAGCCGCUGGUGCCGCCAUACCCGUGCGUCGAGGAGUUCUUGGGAGACGCCGGUGACACCAGGGAUGUGGUUGCCAAGCCUCUGCUUUUCCUGCAGGUGACACAACUCAAGUGUGGAGGAUUUGUUAUUGGGCUUCACAUGUGCCAUUGCAUUGCUGAUGGUUUUGGUAUCCUCCAAUUUAUCAAAUCCAUAUCCGAUUUUGCAUGCGGUGAACUCAUCCCAACCACUUUGCCCGUAUGGAAACGAGAUACCUUCACAGCACGUAUGCCACCCUCCAUCACGCAUGUCUACCCAGCAUAUAAAACAUUUAUUCAGGGGUUGGACUGCACGGGAGAUGACGUGAUGCUAUCAACUCCGCCGCAAAGCAUGGAGGUGCAAUAUUUAUUUUUUGGACCGAAAGAAAUAUCAAUUUUAAGGAGCCACCUCCCAGAACACCUUUCCAAAUCCACCACAACUUUUGAGUUGCUUAUGGCUGUUAUGUGGCGGUGUCGCACAUUGGCACUUGGUUAUGGAUCUAGUCAGAAAGUGUGUAUCAUGUUUACUUUAAAUACACGUGGGAGAAGUAUUAAUGGUGAAAGUCUUGUCCCACGUGGUUACUAUGGAAAUGCACAUUUUUCUCCCAUGGUCGAAAUCACAGUCAAUGAGCUUGUGACAAAGCCCUUGGAACAAGUACUUGAGCUGAUACACAAAGUCAAGUUAGGCACCACAAAAGAUUGCAUGAAGUCAAUGGUUGAUUUGAUGGCAUUAUGGCGAGAGCGUUCACCUUUCGGUAUGGACAGAACAUAUGAAGUUAGUGAUACAAAGUGGGUUGGAGGCAAUGCAUUGAAAUUUGGGAAGGCCGAGCUAGUUGCUGCUGGCACACCACAUGCUGGUGACUUCACGUCAAAGUUAAUUAGCUAUCAUACCAAGUGCAAGAAUAAAGACGGUGAGGACUCAACCGUGGUAUCAAUCUUACUACCUAAACUUGCAAUGGUGAAGUUCACAAAGGAGAUGGCGAUUUGGUUGAAGAAGUAGAAAAGGAGGAACACAAUAAGUCAGACAGUGUUAUAUUUAUGUGAGAUUUUACUUUUAGGGUCAUCUAGUCUCUUGCUCCAAACAUCCAGCAAAGUUGGUUGUGUGUUGCCAUUAAAUAAUUAGUAAAAUAGGCAACAUCCAACUCGGUGAUUCUCUUUACCUAUAUUGU